AAAAGAAGCAUUCUAGAGAGAGAAAGUGAGAGGUUCCUAUUGAUGUAAUAAGUAUGGCAACAGAAGAAGAGAAUAAUACAGAAAUGGAGAUCAAUUUGACUCUAAAACUUGACCCACAAGAUCAAGAACCUGCUAAAGAAUCAUCAAAAUCAGAUCAUCUUGAUCAUGUUGAUGAUCAUGCUCAUGAAGAUGAUGACAAAAAGGAACAAUCACCUGAACAUGAGGUACAAGAAUCAGAAAGUGAUGUACAAACUACCACCAACACAACUGAAAGACUAGAAAAACAAGAACUCGAUAAUAAUCACAAAGAAAAGUUAUCUAUGUUGAAGAUGGAGAUGAAUCGGAUGAAAGAGGAGAACAAGGUCUUGAGACAAGUAGUAGAGAAAAACAUGAAGGACUACCAUGAUCUACAAAAGAAAUUAUCGGUUAUUCGACAAUCUUCGAAUCGAAUCGAGGAUCCACAAGCCUUUCUGUCUCUUAAUGGUGACUAUGGAAAUCAAGAAACUAAGAAAACUAGCCCAAGAUUGCCAUUGCAAGACAGUGAAAAUGAGGAUUUAGGUUUGUCCUUAAGGAUUCGAAGCAAUACAACAACUUCCCAACUUGCAAGAGAUCAUCAUGAAGGGAGUUAUAAGGAUUUAUCCGAGAGCACGACAAGGUUUACGCAGAUGCAACAAAGCACUUUUAUUAGUUCAGGCGAUUUCCGUAGCGACGAUAAAGCUAGUAACAAUGCUAAUACCAUCGCAUCAUUUCCUAACAGAAAAGCAAGGGUUACAGUGAGGGCAAGAUGUGAAGCUGCUACAAUGAAUGAUGGAUGUCAAUGGAGAAAAUAUGGACAAAAGAUCGCGAAGGGAAAUCCUUGCCCUCGAGCGUACUAUCGUUGUACAGUCUCAGCAGGUUGUCCCGUUAGAAAACAGGUGCAAAGAUGUUUAGAAGACAUGUCCAUACUAAUCACGACAUAUGAGGGAAAUCACAACCAUCCACUACCCGUAGGCGCGACUGCAAUGGCCUCAACAACAUCACCAGCAGCAGGAUCCUUCAUGCUACUAGAUUCAAACAGCUCUCAUUCAUCUCAACCACUAUUUAUGAACCAGUCGCCUCUCGCUAAUUACCACACGUCUUCGGGCAUUAUGAAUCCUAAUUUAUCUCCAUUUUCAUCAACUCAUGCUAGAACAAUGAACCUCAAUGACCCUUCAAAAGGAGCUGUCUUUGAUCUUACCAACAAUCCAAUGAAUCCCUACAAUACCCCAAUUUCAAACCCCUCAACCCAAUUAGGAUUUCCUUGGAUGUCUAACAAAUUCUCUAAUGGAAGCCAUAUUUCAAGAUCAAAUCAUGUAAAUGGAAUUAAUGGUGUUUGGGAAGGUGGAGAGGAUACCAACAAUACUACUACUACUAACAACAAUAAUAAUAGCAAUAACCCUAAGUCAAUUCUGGCUGAGAACAUGAGUGCUAUUGCUUCACAUCCUAGUUUUAGGGUUGCUGUUGCGGCUGCAAUUUCGUCUAUUAUUAAUAAAGAGAGCCAAAUAAGUAGUAACAUUCAUGUCGAUGGUCCCACUGAUCGAGAGAGCGAUGGUAGUAGCUCCGGUGGCAAAGCAUGGGUUCUCGAAUCUCUCUCUAGAAAAGGUUAGCUUCUUUUUAUGAUAAUGCAACUGCAAGACGCAGUUAAACAAAAUCAUGUAGUUUUAUAAUAACAGGUUCUUACACGAUAUGUUGGCCGUUCAAAAAAAAAAAGUUUCACCAUAAAAAAAACCAAAAUCAUGUGUGAUUUCCUAGUGUGUCUGUAAGAGUAAUUAUAAGUUUUACUUUGUUUAAUACUAACUGAAAUGUAUAUCUUUAUAUACAUAUAUACUAGAAUGUUGUACGUAGAUUUGAUUUUUUUUAUAAUAUAUUUGUAAUUUAUGUGGGGAAA